GCUCUGCGCACGCAGCCCUCCCAGCGCCGGUGCCGGCCAGCGAGCCCCAGCAUUUCUGCAGACUAGUCCCCGCCCGGGUCCGGCGGGGCCCGCGCCGUGGUUGGGAGGAGUCCGGCGCUGGCCGGCCGCUAACCUGUUGGGGCUGCGGGACCAACCCAGGAGCGACGCGGACCACCGAGAGAGGCAGCCGGCGUUGCGACCCCCAGGACUGCCUCUGUGGAACCCACUAGUCCCGAGCAACCAGCCCCGGAGAGACCCUAAGCCCGCGCGCCCAGCCCCGGGGGAGCCCUCCCCCGCCCCUCGGCCCACCCGGGCCAUGCUCCCCCGGGGCAGCGGCUGAGCCCUAGCCGAGAGUGGGACUGGGACCGGAGCCCGCGCGGAGCAUGGAUCUGGGCUGGGGGCAGUGGGACGUGGGCUGGGCGGCCCUGCUGAUCCUUUUCGCCGCCUCGCUGCUCACGGUGUUCGGCUGGCUGCUGCAGUAUGCCCGGGGCUUGUGGCUGGUGCGGGCCCGCGGGUCCCGGGUUCCGAGAUCCGCCUUAGCUGCUGAGCCCGCGGGCUCCCUGCGGGAGCUGGGCGUGUGGCGCUCGCUGCUGCGGCUGCGGGCUACUCGGGCCGCCGCCCCGGAGGAGCCAGGCAUUCAGGGCCUCCUAGCGUCACUCUUUGCCUUCAAGUCUUUUCGGGAGAACUGGCAGCGGGCUUGGGUGCGAGCGCUCAACGAGCAGGCCUGCAGGGACGGGAGCUCCAUCCAAAUCGCCAUUGAGGAGGUGCCCCAACGCCUACUCAGAGCCAGCAUUAGUCAUGUGACCUGCGUAGACCAAUCAGAGCACACCAUGGUGCUGCAUUGCCAGCUCUCUGCUGAGGAGGUGAUGUUCCCAGUUUCUGUGACCCAGCAGUCCCCCGCUGCUGUCUCCAUGGAGACCUACCACAUCACACUGACACUGCCACCAACACAGUUGGAAGUCAACCUGGAGGAAAUCCCUGAUGAGGGGCUGCUCGUAUCCUGGGCCUUCAGUGAUCGCCCAGAUCUCAGCCUAACAGUGCUUCCGAAGCUGCAGACCAGAGAGAGAAGUGAGGAGCAAGUAGAGCUCUCCACUGUUGAGGAACUGAUCAAAGAUACCAUUGUCAGCACCCAGCCAGCCAUGAUGAUCAACCUCAGGGCUUGUUCUGCCCCUGAAGUUCUGGUACCCAGUGAGAAGCCACCUAUGGUGCCCCAGGCCCAGCCAGCUAUCCCCAGACCUACCCGGUUAUUCCUACGGCAGCUUCGAGCAUCACACCUGGGAAUAGACCUGGAAGGCACUGGCGACCUUUGCUGUGUAGCUGAACUUGACAACCCCAUGCAACAGAAGUGGACCAAGCCCACGAGGGCUGGUCCUGAGGUGGAGUGGACCGAGGAUCUGGCACUGGAUCUGGGCCCCCAGAGCCGAGAGCUGGCCCUCAAAGUGCUGAGGAGCAGCGGCUAUGGAGACACUGAACUCCUGGGCCAGGCCACACUGCCCGUGGGCUCCCCUUCCAGACCACUGUCCCGAAGACAGGUGUGCCCACUCACCCCUGGACCAGGGAAAGCUCUGGGACCCGCAGCCACCAUGGCAGUGGAGCUUCAGUAUGAGGAGGGCUCCCCCCAGAACCUGGGCACUCCCACUCUCUCCACUCCACGCCCCAGCAUCACACCUACCAAGAAGAUUGAGCUAGACCGGACCAUCAUGCCUGAUGGCACCAUUGUCACCACGGUUACCACUGUCCAGUCCCGGCCCCGUGUGGAUGGCAAAUUAGACUCCCCCUCCCGCUCCCCGUCCAAGGUGGAGGUGACCGAGAAGACAACAACCGUGCUGAGUGAGAGCAAUGGCCCCAGCAGUACCUCCCACAGCAGCAGCCCAGGGGACAGCCACCUUUCCAACGGCUUGGACCCUGUGGCAGAGACAGCGAUUCGCCAGCUGACUGAGCCCAGUGGGCGGGCAGCCAAGAAGACACCCACCAAGCGUAGCACUCUCAUCAUCUCUGGUGUUUCCAAGGUGCCCAUUGCUCAGGACGAGUUGGCACUGUCCUUGGGCUAUGCGGCAUCUCUGGAAGCCUCAAUGCAGGACGAUGCAGGGAGCAGCGGAGGUCCUUGUUCGCCUCUCUCAGACCCACCAGCCAUGUCCCCAGGACCCCUAGAGGCCCUUUCCAGUCCCACAAGUGUCCAGGAAGCAGAUGAGACAACACGUUCAGACAUUUCUGAAAGGCCAUCUGUGGAUGAUGUUGAAUCGGAAACAGGAUCUACUGGUGCCCUAGAGACCCGCAGCCUCAAGGAUCACAAAGUGAGUUUCCUGCGCAGUGGCACUAAGCUCAUCUUCCGCCGGAGACCUCGACAGAAGGAAGCUGGUCUGAGCCAAUCACACGAUGACCUCUCCAACACGAUGGCCACACCUAGUGUCCGAAAGAAGGCUGGCAGUUUUUCUCGCCGCCUUAUUAAGCGCUUUUCCUUCAAAUCCAAACCCAAGGCCAAUGGCAACCCCAGCCCCCAGCUCUGAGGGCCCUUCUCGCCUCUGGAGCUAGGAGAGGGCAGGAGUACUCUUAGCCCAUUCCCCACAGCCCAUUCCAUUCCCCUUCCUGGAUUCCCAGCAGCUUGGGCCGGGGAAGCCCUCUGAGUUCCAAGAAGCCCUGUCUACCCUGGGCUGUGGGGCCAGUUGGAAGAGUACUUGCAAUGGGAAGCAUGUGAGACGUGAGCACCCAUUGCUGAGGACAUAGAAGAGGGAGUGCAUGGCUGGGAGUAAGAGGAGGAUUCUGUCCUGGCCUGUGUGGCCAUUCCUCAGAACCAUUUGCCUGCUGUUGACACUGGCCCCUCAGAGGAGUCCAGGGUGCUUAGCUCCUCAGCUGAUCCUUCUUCCCUUAUUUAUUCUCUUUUUCUAUUUAUAUAUGUGGUCCAGGACCCUCAGUGAACAGAUGAUAGAGGGCAUCUCUCCAAGGUAACCCUUCUUUUCUGUCUCAGGAGGGUAGGCAAUUCCCUUUGGGAUGGGGCUCCCAUACCUCCCACAGGUCCCCACUCUGACCAGCACCAGUGUCUGCCUCUGAGGACAUUGGCAACUCAUAGAAAGUCGGGCUGGUGCCCGGGAUGGGGGGCAGGUACUCCCCACCUCCCUGCCUCCCCUUCUGCUCCUCAUCCCUCCUUCCCCUCUAUUACCAUUUUUGUACUUGAUGCCUUCUCCAUGAGCCGUGGCUCUGUUGGAAGGAGGGAUCCAGGAGCCUGGUGGGAAGCCUUCCUGGACAGAUGGCUUUAUUUAAAAAUUGUGUGAUGAUGGAGCAAGAGCAGGGCUGCACCUCUGUAUGUUGGGAGAUGAUGAUGUCCAUUGCUGUGUGAUGGCUUGGAAUUUAAUUUAUUAAAGUCAAAUUGGAGUUUA